UUCUUACACAAACAUACACGUCUUCAUCAUAAAUUCUUGGAUGUUGAAUUUUUUUUUCUUUUUUUUUGUUUAUUUUAAAAUCGUAACUAAACGGAUUUGAUUAAACUGGAAAAAAAAUGUUCAACAUUCGAACCAUAUCUAAUAUAAUUCUUGCCAUCGUUGUCAUAUCGAUUGUGUAUGGUUUAGCUAUACCGGAUAAAAAACAUAAUCAUCAUCAUCAACAGAAUAUACGUGUGAUUAAAAAACAAUUAAGCGAUGAAGAACAUUAUCGAGAUGUUGAUCAUCAUGAUGACGAUGGUGGUGGUGGUGGUGGUCAACAACAGCAACAUAAUCGAGAUUUUGAUCAUGAAGCAUUUCUUGGUUCAGAAGAUGAAGCCGAUGAAUUUGAUCAAUUAACACCAGAAGAAAGUCGUUCACGUUUGUCCAUAAUUGUAGAUAAAAUUGAUUUGAAUCGUGAUGGAAAUAUUACUGAAACAGAAUUAAAACAAUGGAUACAACAAUCACAGAAACGUUAUAUUUAUGAAGAUGUUGAUCGUCAAUGGCAAGUUCAUACAGAUAAUGAUCCAACGGUUCGGAAAUUAAGUUGGGAACGUUUUCGAAAUAAAACCUAUGGAUUUUUGGAUGAAAUCGGUGACAAUACAAAUCCAAAACGAACCAUUGAUGAUAUGAAAACCUAUCAUGAUAUGUUACGACGUGAUGAACGUCGUUGGUCAAUGGCCGAUAUUGAUGGUGAUAAAGCAUUGGAUCAUGAUGAAUUUAUUUCAUUUUUACAUCCAGAAGAAUCAGAAAAAAUGUAUGAUGUCGUUGUUGACGAAACAUUGGAAGAUGUUGAUCAUGAUGGUGAUGGUAGAAUUUCUGAAUCAGAAUAUAUAUCGGAUAUGUAUUCAUCUGAAGAUAAUCAAUUAUCAUCAUCGUCUUCAGCAUCAUCAUCAUCGAAUAUACCUGAAUGGGUACAACGUGAACGUGAACAAUUUCAUACUUAUCGUGAUAAAAAUGGUGAUGGCUAUCUGGAUCGUGAAGAAAUUCGUGAAUGGAUUGUACCGGCUAAUUAUGAUCAUGCCGAUGCUGAAGCUAAACAUCUUAUCUAUGAAGCUGAUACAAAUAAAGAUGGCAUAUUAAGUUUAAAUGAAAUUCUUGAUAAUUAUGAUGUAUUCGUUGGUAGCCAGGCAACAGAUUUUGGUGAUGCAUUGACUAGACAUGAUGAAUUUUAAAAUAAAAAGAAGAAAAACAAACAAAAAAAAAAAAAAAAGAAAAAUUCUAAUCCGUCCACUACUA